AAUAUUAUAAAAUAUUAUAAAUAAGCUGAUUUUUAUAAUAUUUUGUCUUUAAUAAUAUAUUAAUGUAACAUAUAACUUAAACCCAUAAAUGAAAAAUUAAAAAUAAGCUGAUUUUUAUAAUAUUUUGUCCUUAUAUAUUAAUGUAAUAUGUAUUGUCUUCUCCAACGAAUUAUUCCGUUCCUUUGAAUGAUUGUUUGCUUGUCAACAAGAUUACACAAAGGUUUGCGUUUUCAUAUCAGGAAUCUGUUUGGCGUGUAACCUAUGGGUAUACAUGUAAGGAGUAAUUUUAAAAUCACCUGGAACUCCUGAAUGACACAGGUAAGGAAUCCGAAGUUCAUUUCAUCCGAAAAUGCAUAAACAUUAGAGGGGGGGGGGGCGGCGGUCCCAGACUGCCCCUUGUCACUAGAUCGGAACUGUGUGGUCACUGACUUAGAAAUACGAUGUAGUCUUAGCAAUGGAUUUUUUUGUGAAGAACUUCUAUUAUAGAUCCAAAUGUCCAAUGUCACUAUCUCACAUAUCAAUGCUAUAAAUAGUUUCUUGACGCAAAAACAACACUAAGCGUAAAUCAUAUCAUUAAAAAAAAUUAAACGAAAUAAGAUAAGGAUGAGAAAAACUAUCUUCUGUUUGUUAUCUGCAACAGUGACGCGUCGCCGGUAAAACUCAGCUUAUACGACCGUUAAUUCAGCAUCAACGGUUGUAAAUAACACACGAGAAGAUAGUUCGAAAUAAUGAUAAUGGUCAAGGUUUACACGUCUUUAGAGUGGAAUAUGGUUAUUGUAUAUAUAUAUAUAUAUAUAAAUAAUGUAUCAACUGUUUCAGAACCGAGUGGCAGAAAAUUGGGGGGGGGGGGGGGAUAAAAUCAAGUUUUCCUUUUUGUAAUUAUUUAUUUUCUGCCAAUCAGUGAAAUACAACUUGAUCGAACAAUUAAGAUUUACACGACUUUCAGGCAAAUAAAAACAUGUAUGUAAUCUGCAAUUUUUCAUUAUCUUUUAAUUCAAUGGUUUUUUUGGAAAUGGAUGAUUAAGUGGCAUAUCUAAAUGUGGUCACUGCACCAAGUACAUGGACAAUAAAAACCAUACUUUUACCACAUAUCAAAGCUAGGAUAUUCAGUAAACUGAACGUUUAAUGAAACGUGAUUAAAUAGCAGAGCUCUGUCAUUCAGACUCUUUCCAGACCUUUUAGUAAAUUUUCAGUCGACCGAAUGACAGUUUCUUCCCGUGUAUAUCAUAUAGACAAAAUGUCGGAUGAUGAAGUAACCACAUACUUCCGUUAUAAAGGAUAGACGGAAGAAUGAGGAAAAUGUCAUAUUCAUUUCACUCUCAUCCCUAAAGUAACCAGGUUGUGGAUCUGCAGCGUCAUGGAUUCACCCUGGCAGAUAGUGGGUAUCGCUUCGGCGACAGCAUUAGUCUUAUACCUUGCAAUAAGCUACCGACGGGGGAGUCGAUACAAGCUACCCCCGGGGCCCUGGGCGUGGCCAAUUGUCGGUAACCUUUUUCAACUUAGCGGAGGGAAAGGCUUUUACUACAAACUGCUGGGAUUCAGAGAACGAUAUGGCGAUCUCUUCAGAGUACAGAUGGGCGUGCACACAUUUUUUGUUGUAUUUGGGCGUCGGUAUUUUCAUGAACUACUGGUAGAAAAAGGCGACCUUGUGUCUAACAGACCAAACUGGGUGUACACUCCCGACAAACUCACCCAUGGAAAAGGAAUUGUAUGGAGCAAUGGCAAACAGUGGCUAGCUAUGCAGGCUUUAUUGAAAACGGCCAUGGAUGACACGAAUGUAAUGUCCGCUCUCAGGCGACACCUAACGGCAGAGUUUGAGGAGUUCCAGUCUUUCGUCAGGGACGGAUCCACCACCUAUAAUCUGGAAUAUUUGAUCCGCCAAGCCGCUUUCAACUUUCUGUCAGCCUUUCUCAUUGGAAAAAGAUCUGCGUAUGAUGACUCGACCAUGGCCGAAAUGAGAGAUAAAAUAGAAAGUUUUGGGUUUUCAAUGGCCACUGCAAAUAUUGAGAAUUACAUCCCAUUGUUGGCGCUCAUCAAUAAAUCAAAGAUACGAGCGGCCGAAAAUGACGAGGAGUAUGUAUUUGGAAUAAUCAGAAAGGUUAUAAAAGAGAACAAGAAUUCAACCAACGAUCCUCCGCAGGACUUUCUACAAAUGUAUCUAUCGAAGUCGAAGGACGACCGCUCAAAGGAUGGAAUGACUGAACUGGACGCUUUGAGGACCAUCGUCGACAUUUAUGUCGGUGGAAGAGAUAACCUAAUUACUUAUAUCAAAUGGAUGUUGAUGACGUUUGCAAAAUACCCGGAUAUACAGGCCAGAUGUCGAUCAGAGAUCUUUAAGGUGAUUGGUCGAGACCGACGUGUUCAAGCAGACGAUGGAUCCAAAACUCCAUAUACUUUGGCUACAGUGAAAGAACUCAUGCGCAUGCGCGCUCCAGUGGUUUUAGCCCCCUUCCAUGCUGCAAAACAGGAUAUAAAGCUUGGCGAGUAUGAUAUUCCGAAAGACGGCAUCAUUUUAAUUGAUUGCAAGGCACCAUCUCAUGAUAGCAAUAUCUGGAAGGACCCGGAAGUCUUCAAUCCAGAGAGGUUUCUUGAAGGUGCUGAUCAUCAGGUACCGGAGACCAUCUUCGCUCCUUAUGGAACAGGACCCCGAUACUGCAUAGGCAGAUACAUCGGCGAUAUGUUCCAGUACGCCUUUACGGCUAACCUUGUUCAGAAUUUCCAGGUAACGACCAAAAAUCCAGAGGAACAGAUCUCAAUGGAGGAUGUCUUCGACAAAUUUGGACUCCGUCCACAGCAUUUUGAUAAAAUCGUUCUUAAACCUGUGGAAUGAUCAUGGAUAUUGAGAACAUUUCCUAUAUGCUCAAUUUAUUUAGUUUAUUAUCUAUGUAGUGACUGUCUUAAGCGGAAAAAUAUACCAAAAUGUAUACACCUAUGAUAUAUACAUGUAAUGAUUUUCUGUUCACACUCAAUCUACUGAAUAUGGGACGAACUUUGAUGUCAAAAAAUGCAUUAAACGCACGACUCUCAUUCUGCAAUCUUUCUCGGUCAACAUGAUUUUUUUUAUCUAAUCAAAAUUCUAUAACGUAGAUAUUUCUUCCUCAUGUAGAAGUGCUCUUCUUUAAUUGAUCUUCUGUGAAAUGUCAAAUUCAGUGCAGUCAAUAAAUUCUUUCUUAUA